CCGUUGGACGUUUCUGUACAAUGCAACAUUCCCACCGCCUGCCCGAGGCUGCUUUCGCUCUCAACAUUUCCGUGGGGAUGAACACCGCCUAAAUGUCCAGCCUUCAGCACUCAUUCUAUCUUCACAAGAUCUCCGAGUAGCCUUCAUCCUCGCUCCAGGAAGUCGCUCACGCGACGCUGUCCAAUCUUUCAUGCCAUAACGCUUCCAAGAACCGACUCGGCAAUCCUCACAAGAUGGGGCUUCAUAUACCGUUCCUUUCACGUCUACAUCUUCGCGAGUACCUCGCCCUUAUACUCUCCCUUCUCCUCGUCAUCCUCGAGUCCUUCAUUUCUAUAAUCACCCUUGCUCUCCCAACCCCGAUAAUCAACUUCCUUUACCGUGUAACUCGCCGUCUUUUCAACCACCUAUCAUCACCCACAUCUCGACGCAAUCGCCAAAAGAAGAAAGGAGUGUGGUCAAGUAUUGCCAAUGCUUCGGAUUUUACUGAGCUUUGCGAGCUAUAUGGAUACUAUGCGGAGGAACACAUUGUGCAGACAGGAGACGGGUACCUCCUCGGCUUGCACCGUUUGGGAUGGAAGAGAGGCGAAGAGGAUGUCCGGGUAAAUGCUGGAUCGAACAAAGGUGGUGUCAAAAAGAAAGUUGUUUAUAUGCAUCAUGGUUUGAUGAUGAACAGUGAGGUGUGGGUUUGUCUGACGGAGCGAGAGAGGUGUCUUCCUUUUGAACUCGUAGAACGUGGCUACGACGUUUGGCUUGGCAACAACAGAGGCAACAAGUACUCUAAGAAAUGCGUCCAUACCGCCCCUACGUCGAACGAGUUCUGGAAUUUCAGCAUGGAUCAGUUCGCAUUCCACGAUAUCCCAGAUUCGAUUGCAUAUAUCCUGAGUACCACCAACCAGCCGUCGCUAUCGUAUAUUGGAUUUUCGCAGGGCACGGCCCAAGCAUUCGCGACACUCUCAAUCCAUCCUACAUUGAAUGACAAAGUUGAUGUCUUCAUAGCCCUGGCCCCUGCGAUGUCUCCCAAAGGGCUCACCUCUGGAAUCGUUGAUGGAUUUGUGAAAGCUUCACCCGAUGUGCUAUUCCUAGCUUUUGGGCGACGAGCUAUACUCGGCUCAGCGACCAUGUGGCAGUCGAUACUAUACCCGCCAAUUUUUGUUCGCUUGAUUGACACUUCCCUUAAGUUCCUGUUCGGCUGGACUGGUAGCAACAUCACGCCCUACCAGAAGCUUGCUUCGUACCCGCACUUGUAUUCUUUCACCUCAACCAAGAGCGUUGUCCAUUGGUUUCAAAUCAUCCGGAAUGGCACAUUUCAGAUGUACGAUGACGAGGCUCCUAACCCAAUCACUUCGAACCGUGCGAAGUACUACAAGGUCGCAAAAUUCCCUACUAAGAAUAUAAAGACUCCAAUUGUCCUAGUCUACGGUGGCUCUGACAGCUUAGUUGAUAUCAACGUCAUGCUAAAAGAGUUACCUCGUCAUACAAUUGCGAAGGAGAUACCCCACUAUGAGCACUUGGACUUCCUUUGGGCAUCAACGGUCAAUCAACUCGUCUUCCCUCAUGUGUUUGAAGCACUAGAGGAGUAUGCAGGCACAGAUGGGUUUGGAACCGGCAUUCGAAAGGAGAAACGUUUCCGCUCCCCUGGCCGCUAUAGAGGCUUGCUUCCGGAGUCCGGUGCGCUACCGGGCCCAGAGGGGGAUGACGACGAAGACGAAAGCUCCUCAAGCCCAGUUGCUCUACGUACGUCAAGAAAGGUUAGCCAGAACACUCGCAAGAUUUCGUUCUCCGAACAAGUGGAGGGUUUAGGGCCGCUCCCUCAAACUCCAACUGCACAGAGAGCAAGAAUGCCAUACCCUGCAGCAAGCUACGCCUCUGCCGCUGCGAACGAUCAACACUCGCCAUCGCAGACCACUACAACCUUCCCCCCAGCAGCAGCUACGGUCCCCACACACUCAUUGGGCGAUUCUCCAAUGGGAUCUUUAGAUGCAUCACAGAUCACAACCCGCUCAUCGACCUCAAGACCCGAAGGCUGGUGGAGUUCUGAUGAAGUUGCUGGAACGGGCCACAGUGACGCGAACACUCCCUCGGGUCGAAAAAGCCCUGGUCGCGCAAGUGUUGACAGUCAGAAAAGCACCAAAUCCAGCAUCUUCAAUAAACAGGGAAUAAGUCUGGGUGUUGGCAAGGCUGUGAGUGGCAUUGUGGGCGGCUUGGGACAUGGCGAGGCUAGCGGAAGUACCAAUGAUGAUGGUGAUGAUGAUGAGAAGAAAAAGAAAAAGAAAGGCCGGCCCAGGGCGAAUGGCAACGCAGUGUCCAUUGGAUCAAGUUAGCAUCGCUGGUAGUUAUACGUUGGCCUACAGAAUGUAAAUAUAUGCACGAGAAAUUAAAUACGCCACAAGAUGAUCAUGGAGAUUAGCGAACCUUACAAAUACACUUUCUAUUUGAUAUAGUGAAG